UUGUAUCGGCUUUCACAUUGCAGGGAUUACCGGAUUAGGAUUAGCUGCACCGGCGUGUGACUUUACUAUGUCGGUUGCCAGCAGGGAGAGACUCAUUGAGUCUGUUAAUAGCAAGAAUGAUGCAGAACUUUUUACACUGUUACGUGAAAAUAAAUCCAAGGAAAGUUCUGUUGAUCUGGAGGAUUGGUUGCAAGCAUUACAACACAGCCAAGUGAGGGAACUAUGGCGAAAACUUUGUGACUGGAUCAGUGAAAUAUUACUGAGCAAUGUCCUAGAGGGUGAUGAGGGGACACCAGAGGAUCAGAAGAAGGCUUCUGGCAUUCUUGGAUCUAUAAUUUCUUUAGCCAUCAUAACAGUAUGCAUAGAAGAUCCAUUCGUUCCGGAGGAGUUGUUAGAGGCUGCUGUCAUUCUUCAUGGUGUUCUGCCAUCGUUGCCCGAUUUCCUGGAUGAGGUGAAGAACGGCAUAGCUAGACUGUGCGAGGCAUGGCAAGUUGCUGAACUGGAAGAGAGCGACUCACUCACCAGUAAUACUAUCGUGUACCUGCUCGCACGCUCUCUGCGACCGAAAGCUGCUUUUGUCGAUAUCGUCAGGGUCGUGAGCAUGAGUGGCGCCAUCCAGCAGCACGUGCAGGCUGGCAAUGAAACGGUGACAAACAUGUUACUGCAUUGCAUGAUCCGUAGAGAAUACCUUCUGAAACCCAAGAGCCGAGGCUUUCUCGCAUCGCUGUUUGAUCUUCAGACAGACUUCAUUGAUUCCCUGCACAAGACCAUCAAGAAUCAGAUCCCAGUCUGCACUAACUCCUUGUUAAAUUCAUAUGGAGAAAUCUAUUUCAAGGCUUGGACCAGUUCUACAGGACCCACUAGAGAGAAGAUUGAGAUGGACUGUGUGCAGGACCUGAUGUACCACGCCGUGCACGCGCGCCGCCAGGGCAGCCGCCCGCUCUCCUUCUGCCUGCACAAGCUGCUCAACUACUUCCACAGUCACAAGCUACAGCGCGGCGUCGAGGCGAUGCUGCUGCGUCUGUACGAACCUAUCCUGUGGCGAGCUCUCAAGGUAGCGAACGGCACGGUGCGUGCUAACGCUGCGGCGCUGCUAUUUGACGUGUUCCCACUGCAGUCACCCGAUGCUGACAAAGUGGAGAACGACGCUCUCAAGCAGCGACAAUUCGACGUGUUCAACAUGUUGCUGAACGACCCGGUGCCGGUGGUUCGUGCGACGGCUGCUCUCGGCAUCUUUAACGUCUGUAAGAACUACUGGGAGCUCAUCCCGGCACCACUCAUCUGCUUCUACAUGAACAAGCUGCUCGUGGAACUCAUCCACGACAGCAGCUCGGCUGAUGUCAGGGUUGCCAUACUCGAGGGUGUCAUGCUGCUGCUGGGUAACCAUCUGUCUCAUACGACUCUGGUUCCACUGCUUCCUAACCUGCAGUUUUGUCUCCACGAUUCUUCGACGAUGGUGCGCAUAGCUCUCGUUAAACUACUGCUCAAGAUCAAGGGUCAGAGAGCCAUCAAGUACUGGAAGGUGGCGCCGAUAGAGAAUCUGCUAGCGCAGCUGGAGGUGGACGGGGAUGCGGUCGGCGACCGCAUCGUGCGCCUCGUCUUCAGCAGCUUCCUGCCGCGAGAGAAGCCAGCCGAGGCUCAGCUCGACCGCUGCCUCAGCCUGCUGACGAGCAGUCGCGGGGCGGCGCGCGUCUUCUACAAGCACGUCCACCGGCACAUGUCUGUCGAGGACAUCGGGAAGUACAUCCUGCUGCUGGGUCAGUGCGUCGUUGCCUGCAUCAAGCGAGAGCUGCGCGAGGAGAUGGAGAACAACGAGAGCAGCGACGGCGAAGCGCCCUCUAGCGUCGACGUGACGAACGAGCAGAGCUCCAUCGAGAUGGAGUUGAGCUUGAAGGACACGGAGUUGAUGUCAGGACUGCUUGAGGUGAUCUACAUCCUGUGGAGCAGCAUUGAUGCGCAGCUGCUGCUACCGACCAUGUGCAGAGUGAAGGAUUCGUUACAGAUUCGCUUUGCACGCGCCCUCCCACUCAUGGCCAAGGGUUUUGAUGAUGCUAUUGAGCGGAGGCUGAAGCAGUCAGAGACAGUGUCAGAGCUGGCAUCGGACGCGACUCUAGCAGACGCCCUAACGCUGUACUGUAAGCUAGAGGUGCUGCUACAUGAUACCAACAAAAUCACCAAUGCUGUGACAGCUAUGGAGGAAAUUCUCACAUGGGCGGAUAGAGAGUUGCUUCCUUUUCUCAAGCAAGACAAUACACGGGUUGUAAUGGAAGACACUGUGGAUACCAACAAAGAGAAAAGUCAUGAUUCUUUGGCUUGUGACAUUAUUAAGGGGAUUGUGGACAUGAGUGCUGACAUAAUCCAGUGUGGAAUAGGUGAUCAGGAGUUUGCCCAGCAGACUUACACGUUUGUGUCAGCCAUCAUGCAGACAGAUGAUGGCUACAAGGCAAUGUCUUCCAUCGUGCGCGUCAUGUAUCAGCUGGCAGACGUCUCGUGCAGUGGCGAAGCCGCGGCGGAUGCUGAGGAGCGGGAUGCGGGAUGCGGUCACCUCGUCGGGCCGAUGCUCGAUCGCAUCACGCUAACGAUGGGGAAGCUUGUGAGGAGGAAACCUGAGGAGGCAGAGCAGCUGAUGGCAGAAGUCCGACUGGGUUUCAUGGAAACGAUCCUGCUCUACCAUCGACGCUCCAUGCAUGCUAAUGGCGGCCCCUAUGUCGAUGUAAUCGGCACAUUACUGACGGCGAUGCUUGCUGAGCUUGCAGUCUACGUCAAAAAGGAACAGCAUGUCGAAGGCUUCACAUCGAUAUCUGCAAUGCCGCCCGUGUCACAGUUUUUCCUGCUCAUCAUCACUUCGCGGACAUCGCUGCUAUUGGCUAUGCUGAGCCAGCUUCAGGACUGGCUGCAGGAAGAGGGAAUCUUCCAAACAGUGGCUGAGCACUAUGCUGUCAUUCUGUUAAUAGAUGUCCUCAAGACCGUAAAGAACCAGAAGAUGGCAGCACUGCUCGAUGCGAUGACAUGCAUCCUAGCGUCGCUGAACAAAGUAGCGUCGCCUGCUAACAAACAAGAAGAAAGCAUGGAUGACUGUGAUGUUCAGCAGGAGCAGGAUCUGAUGAAGGCUGCUAUUGCAGUUGCACAGACCCACAUAGACAGCCAUACAGUGGCUGCGACGUGUUAG